ACAUUGGAGAAGUGAGAUGUUGAGUAACAGACACACAGAAGGACAGACAGACAGACCCAAGUACUGUAACCCUCGCUGCGCAUGCACGCCGAGGGUUAAAAAACCACUGAAACCACUGAAGGCUUAUACCUCCACUGAUUUCCAUGAACCUUUCAGUCAUCUAGUCUCGUGACCUCGACGCGACGCAACGCAAACGCCGAACGAAACUAGAAAUAGAUCAGCAAUGGUGCUCUUGAAGGCUCUUUCCCUGACGUUUCUUCUUGGAGUUGUAGUGCAGCAAGCUGCCUCUGCGCCGGGGAGUUCGCGAUACACGACGCUAGCCACCUACAACACAGGGCUAGUGUUCGGCACCAUCGGAAAUGUGGAUGCUAGACUUUCUGUUCUCAUCGACCAGAUGAUCCAGAGCGAUGUUGAUAUUUUCUGUCUGCAAGAAGCAUGGACUGCCGACGUCCAGAGGAAGAUACGAAGGGACCUGAAACCAUUCUAUCCCUACGCUCAGAGUGCAAUAGACCUUGAUACAGAGCCAAGUGACACGACCACUCCAUCCUGCCAACAGGGCUCUGUUGAUGCAACAUUUGACUGUAGAGCACUGAAUUGUGCUGGUCUGAGUGGACCAGCAUUUGGGGUUUGCGGCACUCUCAGAUGCACGGAGGAGUUCACCAGAUUGGCAGAAGCAUGCAGUAGCUGUCUCAUCCUUGAGUUGAACAGCAGGAAUGAGACAGACUGUCUCACAAUUCCCGCCAGCAACUUUGAGAAGACUUACGGACUCAUGCUACUCAGCAAGAAAGAACUUCUCAAUCCAACAGCCGACCCCUUUAAUAAUCACAGCCUACUCAGGGGCUACCUGACUGCAUCUGUAAGUGGUGUAGGAGAUUUGAUUUGUACUCACUUGUCUACUCCAUUGGCUCCUCCUCCUCUCUACGUUGGUCCUCCAGUUGUGGUUCCGUUUCUUUACUCUUCCUAUGCUGAACAGCACAGAGAUGAGGUGAUGACACUUUUUGAUGUCAUCAAAAACUCUGGAAUCCAAGUCCCCAUUCUUCUUGGAGAUUUCAACCACGGCCCAGCUAGAACAGGUGGUGUGGUGGCAGAAUUCCCGUUCUACUAUGGUCUCAUGAAUGCCCGUGGCUUUGUCAGUCCAUACGUUCUAAAAGAUGGUCGCUGCACCUUCUGUAUUGACAACCCUCUUACUGGUGGUCUCUUUCCGAGCACGAUAAUUGACCAUAUUUACAUCACUACUGAUACCACUGAGAGAGUGAUCUAUGCAAAACGUUUGUUAGAUAAAGUGUUUCCCUCCAUUGGAAUAUCUCCUUCGGACCAUUAUGGGGUCAAGGUCUGCCUCUCAAACAUCCGUCAAAACUGCAACUUCAUUCAAAAGUGUCGGUUCCACUGUACCUCUGAGAUAAAGGAAUUUUCUCCCUUCCUUCCAGACUUUAGUGAUGUGUGUUUCGAUUGACAACUACAUUAUGUAUACCUACUAAGUUCAAGCAAGAGUAGUUGUGUAUAGUAUAUAACUGCAAGACACUAUUCACUGUACAUUAAUGAUUGUAGUAGCCUAAGUGUUUGCAUUGGCUCACAAUAAAAUGAAAAAAUAAUAUGCAGUUGCUAUGACACCUCGUGACUAUCUGAGGCUCCAUUGACAAUUCUGUGGACUGUAACACAUCUGCUCACAAAUAUUAUGAGAA